UCAUCCUCCCUGCAGUUCUGUUCGUGGAACAGCUGGCGUGGGAUGCGGCCGCUCUGCGUGCGAGAGUUCCCAGAGGACUAGAGGGCUGCUCCCUCUUUUGGGCUUUGCGUCUGCAGACGUGGAAUGAAGAGCUCCCUCUUUUUGACCGCCAGGAGGAUACUCGAGUUCCGUAAUGGACAGAAAUCCAGGAGGUAAAGUUCUCUGUGCUGUGCUGGAUUGAAUUUCUGCCUGUCGACUUUCUUUCUGCCGUCCUGCUGACAGCAGCACAGGAGCCCUGCCAGAGGGAGAUUACUGUGGUCUGCACUCUGUAGCCUUUCCAGAUGCCCACACCUCAAUUAAAGCCUAGGGGAGACAUUGUGAUUCCUUCCAUGAGCCUCUUUCACACCAGCAAGUAUGGCCAGCCAGUGAAAAGUUCACCAGAAGAAAGACUCCCAUGGCACCCAUGGCCAACUUGCAAUAAUAAGAGAUGUUGGCCAUGGGAAGCCUGUACCCUAGUGUUGGGAUGGCUGAAGUCUCCCCUCGACCUCAAAGCUGGUCGGCAGUAAAGAUGUGAAGUGGAAUGGAACCGCCACCACUCGCUGCCCUGCGCCUGACUUUCUGUUUGGUGGUCCUGGGUAUAGCCAAACAGUCCGUGACGUCGCUUUGCCACAUCUCUUCCCACAAUAAAGUUAAUUGCCGAGGUCAGAAUCUGCUCCGAGUCCCUUGGGAUCUCCCCAGCACUGUGGAGUUAUUGGACCUCUCUUACAACAAGAUCCAACAGAUCACCCACAGAGAUUUCUCAGCCUUGACCCAGCUGAAAGCCCUAGAUCUGGGUUAUAAUAACAUUCUGUCUAUCGCAAACGAUUCCUUUGCCUCAAACAUCCUCUUGGAGCAGUUAAGUCUCUUCAACAACUCGCUAGGAGAGAUUCCAUCACCAGCAUUUAAACCGCUGAAGAGCCUGAAGGUGCUGUCCAUGUCUAAUAACCUUUAUCUCCGCUCAACCCUGGACAGGGUGUUCAGCAGUUUGAAGAACCUUGAAGAACUCUCCAUGGGAGGCCCCGCCGUCCACACGGUGGGAAGCCAGGACUUCCUUCCCCUGAAAGAGAUUCCUUUGAAGAAGUUUGCCCUGAAAACAGCAACCAGUUUGAAGGAGUACCAAGAGGGGGCCUUUUCUAAGCUCAACACCACAGCUUUGUGGUGUGACAUCUCGCUAGACAAAAACACAGAGGUCUUACCGCUGAUGCUCUGGGACUUGCGGGGGAGGCCUGUGCGAUACCUCCGUUUCCGUAACCUCUUCGAGUUCACAUACUACACGGAUUCCACGGACCUCUUCUCUGGCUUGGCUGCGGUAGAGGCUGAAGAGUUGGUCUUCUUCCGGGGAAAAUUCAAUGAGAACUUGCUGCGUUUGAUCCUGUUGAACGUUCAGAAGUCUCGUAUUCAGGACCUCUCCUUUAUAGCUAUUGAUUUUGCGCGGUCACCGAAGUGGAAGCCACCAGAAGCUGGCAUUGCCAACCUCAGCCUCCGUCAUUUGAUGCUGAAGGACAUUAGUAACCCAGACAUCCUGCGUUUUGACUGGACCUUCACGUGGUUCGCCGGUGUGACUUACCUCUCCAUCAUCAACGUCAACUUUAACAUGGUCCCUUGUGACGCCUGGGGCGAGAUGAGGAAUGUGGUGGCUUUGAACGUUUCCAACAACCGCCUGCAAGAUGGCUACAUCUACAACGAAGCCUGCCUGUACCAGGGCAUUAUGACAAAACUGGAACAGUUUAACCUUAGCUACAAUGUAUUAAACCACCUGAGGACAGUGGCCAAGUUGACCUGCAGCUGGCCCCGUCUGUCCAAAUUGGAUCUGAGCCACAAUCAAAUUGGGGGCUCAGAUGGGUCACCAUGUACUUGGAGUCCCAGUCUUGUUUGGCUGGGCUUAGCUUACAAUGCAGUUACUAUGGAGAUCUUUAAGUGUCUCCCCACCACGCUGCGUUUCCUGGACUUGUCUCACUCUCAGCUGGAACGGCUCGAUAUGAGCUACUUUGAGGUUGCUGUUGACCUCCAGGAGUUGCUAUUGAGUGGGAACAAGAUCAAAUUCAUUCCUACAGAGUGGAGAUGCCCAAACCUGAGGGUCUUGCAGGUGGACGGCAACUCCUUUGGCGUCAUCAACAAAGGUUCCUUCGUCAACAUGCCGCACCUUGCCCAGCUAAAGGCGGGGAACAACCCUUACCACUGUGUCUGUGACCUCUAUGGCUUCCUUCAAGAGACCUUGAGGAAUGGCAAGCUGAGGCUGCUAGACUGGCCCAAUGGUUGGACUUGUUACCAUCCUGAAUCCCUGCUGGACACGGCUGUGGCGGCUUAUGCCCCGAGCUUGAUGGAGUGUGAUGUCACAGUGGUGGUGGCGAUCGCGGUCUCCAUCACAGCUACAGUGGUGAUAGUCUGCAUGGUUUUGUGUUGGAAGUUUGAUGUUCCUUGGUAUCUGAAGGCCACUUUCCAUAUUGUUCGCUCUAAGUACCGAGCUGGCCACUCCCAGCCAUCCCGACAAUUUGCCUACCAUGCCUUCAUCUCCUACAGCUGCUCGGAUGCCGAAUGGGUGAGGCAAGAGCUCCUUCAGAGGCUGGAGGCUUCAUCCCCACCAUACCGCGUGUGUAUUCAUGAGCGUGACUUCACGCCGGGGCGGUGGAUCAUCGACAACAUCAUCGAGAACAUUGAGAACAGCCGUAAGGUCAUCUUUGUCCUUUCUCGCAGUUUUGUUGACAGUGAUUGGUGCAAUUACGAACUGUACUUUGCCCACCAGCGGGCUGUGGGCCUGGGCUUUGAGGAUGUGGUUCUGGUGGUGAAGGAAGCCAUUGACCCACAAGCUUUACCCAACAAGUUCUGCAGGUUACGGAAGAUGUUGAGUACCAAGACGUAUCUGGAGUGGCCUUCAGAACCCAGUCGGCAGGCUUUCUUCUGGGUCCAAUUGACGUCUGUUCUGGGUAAGGCCGAGAGGGUCAAUGCAGAGCCAAACAAUGACCCAGCUAACACAAACUCAGUGGGAGACAAUCCUCUUGAGAUGGACCAUUUAGCUGAAGAAAACUAUGGAGGACUUCCAGUGAGUUAGGCAAGGCUUAAUGUCAGCUCAACCACUGGACUCCUUGUUUAGUCUUCAGUGUUCCGGUUGGUUCAAUAAUCUGCUUCUGGUAUAAAGAUAGCCAGUUUGAGAGGGCCUACUUGGAACAUAGUCAUCUGCCUUUGCCCAUCUAGCCACUCUUGUCUGUUGACUGACUUUCUGGGUGGAGAAGGGGCUUUCUUGUCACCUGCAAGUAACCAGAAUCCUUUCAAGUGGAGAUGCCAAGGACUGGGGAUGUUCUGCAUCCAAAGCAUGUGUUCUGCCGCUGAGCUCUGCUUCCUUCCCAUUUAAGAUGCAAGUGAGCAGACGUAUAAGUCCCCCCUCGGCAUUCUGGGAAGAAUGGUGCAGCUGCUGCCGCCCCGCCACACAAACGGCACGGGUUGCUGACCCUGCCUCCCUGAUAUGCACAGGCACUCCCCAACGGGGACCUCCGACUGUGUAAAGCAUCUGCGUGUGUUUAUCUACACAGUUGUGACCACCCUUUUACAGGCUCCCAUGCUCCGUGAGAUUAUAGAACUGGAAACUGUUUUCAUGGACAUAACUCAACUUACGUAACCUACGCUGCUGUGUAGGAGAGGCAGUAAUGAAGACUGAACCUUUCCUUUCACCACUGAGUAAUCCGCGCAGAGAUGACUCCUGGAAAUCGUCCCUUCUAACCUGUAAGCUCAAUUCACACUGUAAGGCUGCUUGUGCCUUGUUUUAAGGAAAAGGCACUCUGUCGUUUCCUAGAGGCACCCUCUUCAUUAGGUCUCACAUUUUUCCAAGACUGAAUAUUCUGAACAAGUUCAGGCCUUCCUCCUCCUCCAAUUCUGCCGGCACAUCUAGGUACGUAUGGUAUCUAAAAGGUCAAAAUGCCUGGCCCAGGUUGGAUGAGGUUCAACUAAUUGUCUGGAUGGACAUGUUGGAUCCUCUCUGAAGGAUAGAUAUGCUCACUGGUUCUUUUGAGAGCCAGUGUGGCGUCGCGGUUAAGGUGUUGGACUACGACCUGGGAGAGCAGGGUUCGAAUCCCCACAUAGCCAUGAAGCUCCCUGGGUGACCUUGGGCCAGUCACUCAGCCUCAUGAAAACCCUGUUCAUAGGGUCGCCACAAGUCGGAAUUGACUUCCAGUGAGUUAGGCAAGGCUUAAUGUAAGCUCAACCACUGGACUCAUUGUUCAGCCUUCAGUGUUCCGGUUGGUUCAAUCUGCUUCUGGUAUGCAGGUAGCCAUUAUCACCACCACUAUCACUUCCUAAAUGUCGAUGAGGAUGUCUGAUUCCAAUGGAAAUCCACAGAAGUACAGCAUAUUGCUGACUUUAAACAAUACGCAUGUA